GCAGGUGCAGAGCGGCGGCUUGUCCCCCUGGCUGAGGCGAUGCUGUUCUCCCUGCGGGAGCUGGUUCAGUGGCUGGGCUUCGCGCCCCUGGAGCUGCUCCUGCAGGCGCUGGCGCUGCUGGCGGCGUCGGCGCUGCUGGUGCUGAAGGCGGACGGCGGGGAGUCCGGGGCGGCGCUGAGCUGGUGGGCGGUGCUGGCGGCCUUCUUCGCGGCCGACGGGCUGAGCGCCUACUUCAGCACCAUCGUCUCGGUGCGGCUCUUCCAGGACGGCGAGAAGCGGCUGGCGGUGCUGCGGCUGCUGUGGGUGCUGACGCUGCUGAGCCUCAAGUUCGUCUUCGAGGUGCUGCUGGGCCAGAAGCUGGCGGGCCAGAGCCGGGAGCUGUGGUUCGGGCUGCUGCUCUCGCCCGUCUUCAUCCUGCUGCAGCUGCUGAUGAUCCGGGCCUGCAGGGUCAACUAGGGGCCCGGGGAGGGAGGGAAGGAAGGAAGAAGCACAGCCAGGAGGAGGACAGUGGAAGCGAAAUAGAAGGCCGGGGAAAGGAGAGGAAGGCAGAGGAAAGAAGAAAGGCAGAGGAAAGAAACCGAGAGAAAGGCAAGCACACAAGACACACACACACACACCCCACACACACCUGCAGCAGCGGCUGAGCACAGAGAGAGGAGGCGGAAGAAAGCAAAG